AAAUUUGAAAAAACAAUCCAAAAUAAAAAACAAUACACCAAAUAAACGACAAUCAAAACGUACUAUUGAAUCAAAUCGUGUACAGCCUAGUUCAAUACAAAUUGAUUCAUCAAAAUCAAAACAACAACAACAACCACCACAACAAAUGUUGGAUUUAAGUCAAAAAAAUCCAAAUCAAAUGCUAAUUACAUCCGAUAGUUAUGCAAUAUUAUGUGAUAUAAAUUGUCAUUAUUGGAUUAUAACAUUGAUUAGUUGGUCAUUCAUAUAUCCACGUUUAACAUUACCAACAAAUCAUUAUUUUCAAUUUGCCAGUGUACAUGAUGUUAGUAAUCUAGGUAAUCAACAAUCAUCAUAUGGUUGUUUACGGCUAUUUUGUUGCUGUUGUUGUCUAUGUUUUUGUCCAAAUUGUUUUCAUCAUCAUCAACGAAAACAACGCGAACAACGUGAACAACAACAACAACAAUUAUCAUCAUCUAAAAAUUAUUAUGGACGAAAAUUUUAUGAUCAAUCCAUGAUACAACCACCAUCGAUGACCACUAUACAGAUAAAUCAACGACAAAAUUUUCAACCAAUAAACAUUGUCAAUCAUCAUCAGCAACCAUUAUCGGUAAUAAAUUCACCAACAAAUGAAUGUACUGAAGUUAUAAUUGCAACAGAAACACCAGUACAGCAUCCGCCAUCUUUAAUCAAUUCUGAUUGUUGUGACCAACAACCAAUGAAACAAGAUGAUUUUCUUGUAUCCAAAGAUUAUGAUGAUUGUCAAACGGAAAUAACACCUGAUUGUAGUGAUGUUACAAGUAAUAUGGCUAAUAAUCAAAAUAGUAAUAAAACAAUGAUGAUGAUUAAUAAAGAUAAAUUGGCAAAUAUUCCAAUCAAUAAUGAUGAUGAUAAGGAUGAACAAGAUGAUGAAAAUGAUGAUCAACAAAUAGAAAAUCGAUCAAAAUCUAGUCAAUCAAUGUUGACCAAAUCAAUUUGUUGUUGUUUUCCACAUUGGAAACGUUAUCUAGUCAUUACAUUGUUUAUUUGGAUUUCAUUACGUUAUUUCAUUCAUUUAGUUAUAAUUAUAUUUCAAUAUGAUAAUGAACGAAAAAUGAAUAUUCAACUAUUUGAUUACCGUUAUUGUCCAUUAAUUGUGGCCUUGUUAGAAUCAUUGACAACAUUAUUGACAAUUAUGAUUGUUUAUAGUCGUCGAUCGCCAAUUGAAGAGCUAAUUAUAACGAAAUCAUCAUUUUUUCGGCCAUUAUGUCCAUGGCAACGUUUAUAUUUCAUACAAAUAAUUUCUAUUGUUUAUUUUAUAGCUAGUAUUGCAUUUUUAAUAUUAACAUUUUGUUCAUGGUUUCCAUACCUGACCGGUAUUGAUUCAGAAUGGCAUCGUUUUCGAAGAUCUGAUUCAAAUAUAUUAAAUAUCUGGCAGCAUCAACCACAACCACAACAACAACAACAGCAGCAGCAGCAGCAACAACAACAACAACAACAUUCAACAUUAUCAAAUAACCAAACAACCAUAUCAAUGUCAAGGACAAUUUUAAAUGUUUCAAAAACGACAACAACAUCAGCCAUACGAUUAAAACGUAAUUCAUCAAGAAUUAUUUCAAAUGAAUCUGUUACUAUAUCAUCGAUACAUUUUGAAAAUCAAACAACAUUUACCAAUGAAAUUGAUGAUGAUUAUGUUUCCACUGUGAUUGAUGAUAAUUUUACCACAAAUUUAAUUACUACCACACAUCGAUUACCACGAUUUUCACCAACUUUUCCUACGACGACAAUGAUGAGAAUGGCAAAAACAACGACUGCUAUUCCAUCUAGUGUUGGCCAUUCAUCACCACAAAUGCCAAAAAUAUAUUCUGGCCAUAAAAAUGAAUGGAAUUUCAUUACAAUAUGGCAAGCAAUUUUCUAUUUCGAUUUUAUAGCUCAUAUUCUAUGUCAAUAUAGUAUAUUAUUGAUGAAAACAUUACAUUUAGGUAUAACAAUAUUAAUCAUAUUGAAAUGUUGGCAAUUAUAUAGUGAAAUACGUAGACAAAAACGACAUUUCCAUCGAUUACGUGAUGAUAUUGAACAUGCAACAAGUGAAACAACAAUAGCAACAAAUUCAACAGAUAUUAAAUCUGAAUCAUCAUCAAUGAUAAUGAUCGAUAAUAAUAAUCCAAGACAAUCAAAAUUAUGGAAACGUCGUCAACGUCGUCAUUGGCAAUCCGAAAUGGAACGAUUAACAAUGUUGACUAAAGUUUUAUGUCAAAAUAUUCGUUUCUAUCAUAAUGUAUUUGGACAUUUAUUAUUGAUUUGGUUAUCAUUAACAAUUGUAACGCUAUUGGCCAUAUGGGAAUUCUAUACAUGUAUUGAUCGAAUGGCAAAAAAAAAUUUCAUCCAAUUUGAUUGGCUAUUACGAAAUAUGAUGAUAAUCUAUCAUAGUAUUGAUCUAUGUAUAAUGGUAAUAUUUUAUCUAAUAAUCAGAAUAUUACGCUAUCAAUGUCUUUGGUUAACCGAAUUUGGUGGUGAAUGAUUAAUUAAUAAUAAUAUAUAUUCAAAUUAAGACAGAAAAAAAAAUCAAUAGCUACCAUUUCAAACAAAUA